UCUUUCUUUGUUGGACACAAACCUCCCGGCUGAAGCGGAACCCGAGCUCCGGAACUUCAUGGGGAAGCGUCUCUCCCGGGGAGCCAUGUUUGAAGGGAUGGGGAACGUGGGUUCCGUGGAUCUCAGCUCUCCGGAAUGUUCUCUGGGAUGUUAUUACUGCCUGAUCCAGCAGAUGGGAAAUCCAGAGCCGGGACCGCUGCCCUCCGAGCACAUCGUCUGCUUCCUGGGGGGGUCAGAGAAAGGCCUGGAUCUCUUCAGACUUGAACUGGACAGACAUGUGGAGGAUCUGAAGAUGAAGAUUCAGACGGGGGACCUGGACUCGGACAUCCGGCCUCACCUGAGCAGUUGGUUUGAAGACUCCAUAUUGCCGAUUCAGCGGAUAGUCGGCCUUUUCCAGGAGAAGAUGGCCUUCCUGUUACAUGCGGCACUCAGCUACACUCCGGUGGAAGUGACAAACUCCGAUGAGAGGACGAAGAACGACAUCAGCAGGUUCCUGAGCUCAGCCAGUCUGCAGGGUCUGGUACAGGAGGGUACAAUGGCAUCUCUGUGCAUCGCCAUGACUGAGCGCCAGCAAUCCACCAUCACUGUGGACUUCACAGAGGGUCAGCCAGAGCUGCGGAAUGCAGUCAGCAAUCGCUUCUGUGAGGACUGGAUGCAAUUCUUCAUCAGCAGCUCUGAUGGUGGGAGCCCCUUCUUAUUCCGACAGAAACUGGAGAACUUCAAGCUGAAGGCCAUCCAGGACAUGAACAACCUGAAGCGACUGAUCCGGCAGGCGGAGAGCAGCCAUCACGCCCUCUUCCGCUGUUACACCUUCCUGAAGAAUUGUGGCAAUGGAGACCUCUUGUUACAGAUGGUGAAGGUGGAGCACGCCGAGAUGCCCGAAGCCAGCAGUGUGGUGACCGUUCUGGAGGAGUUCAUCCAGGAGGAAGGCUUCUCUGUGCAUAGCUCCUGAGCCCCGUGUGCUGUGAGCGAGGGUGCGCGGUCCAUGGUGUUGUGCGUCCCAGGGCACGCGCGGUCCAUGGUGUUGUGCGUCCCAGGGCACGCGCGGUCCAUGGUGUUGUGCGUCCCAGGGCACGCGCGGUCCAUGGUGUUGUGCGUCCCAGGGCGCGCGCGGUCCAUGGUGUUGUGCGUCCCAGGGCACGCGCGGUCCAUGGUGUUGUGCGUCCCAGGGCACGCGCGGUCCAUGGUGUUGUGCGUCCCAGGGCACGCGCGGUCCAUGGUGUUGUGCGUCCCAGGGCGCGCGCGGUCCAUGGUGUUGUGCGUUCCCAGGGCGCGCGCGGUCCAUGGUGUUGUGCGUUCCCAGGGCGCGCGCGGUCCAUGGUGUUGUGCGUUCCCAGGGCGCGCGCGGUCCAUGGGGUUGUGCGUCCCAGGGCACGCGCGGUCCAUGGUGUUGUGCGUCCCAGGGCACGCGCGGUCCA